AUGCGGGCGGCGCCCGGGGCGCAGCCGGACCGGCCUUUCAAGCUCAGGAAGAGUCUCGCCACCCGGCGGGAAGAAGUAGCGGGGAUCCGAGCCAAGUUCCCGACAAAAAUCCCGGUAAUUGUUGAGAGAUACCAGAAGGAGAAAUACCUUCCUCUCUUGGACAAAACCAAGUUUCUGGUUCCCGAGGAACUAACCAUGGCACAGUUCAUAACCAUCAUCAGAAGCAGGAUGGCUCUAACAGCUACACAAGCUUUCUACCUGCUGGUGAAUAACAAAAGCCUAGCCAGUAUGUCUUUGACAAUGGCAGAAGUGUACAGGGACUACAAAGAUGAAGAUGGCUUUGUGUAUAUGACCUAUGCUUCACAGGAGAUGUUUGGAUGCUUAUUACCCACUGCCCAAGGGAAAACUAUGGAAUGCUUUCAGAAAACUUAA